AUGCGAGCGCUCCUCGCGCACCUCGAAUCACGGCUCGCGCCGUCGCCGCUCCUCCUCGCGGCGCGCGCGGCCUCGACGCGCCGCGCGCGCCCCGCGCGAUCGCCGCCGCGGGGGCCGACGCGCGCGGAGCGCGGCGGCGAGCUCGACGACGACGCGUCCGCGCCUUCCCGCGCGCGCGAAGAACACGAAGCCCUGAGCCCCAAGUUCGAGCUCGAGUGCGAGAGAGCGUGGCACGAGCACGACGUCGCCGCGCUCAGAGCCGCGCUCGCGAGGGCGAGCGCGGAGCUCGCGGACGCGACGCGCGCGCACGACGAGGCGCUGACGCGCGAGAAGAGCUUCCACGUCGCCGUCGAGGCUGAGCUCGCGGCGAGAUACCACGAGACUUACGUCGAGAACCACGAGGGUUUCCGCGUCGCGGUGAACGAGCUGCGCGAUUACGUCGACGCGGUCGACGCGCGGACGCGUCGACGGGGCGAGGACGACCGCGCCGCGCUGGAGGAGGCGCGCGCGGCGCUCGCGGAGGCGAACGCGACGUGCGAGGCGCUGCGAGACGAGAAGGAGCGCGAAAAAAAAGCAGCGCUCCUUCUCUCAACCCCGGACGACGAGCAAACGUAUCUCGCGCGGCGCGCGCUGCUCGACGCGCUCGUUCGCGUUAGAGACGGAGACGUCGCCGGCGCGAGAGACGAGGUCGAGUCCGCGGUGUCGAUCGCGCGCGCGCUCGAUUUCCGCGUGCGCUUCAUGGAGGACGCUUCUUCAGAGGAGGAGCGCGAGACGGACGACGAGCUCGAGCCUCUCAGGCGCGUCCCAUCUCACACUGGUCCCCAUACGACCGCGUUCGCGUGGUGA